CGAGCCACAUGCAUCAUCGGAGCUCGCGUCUCCACAGCCCAACCUUCCUCAACCUUUACCCAACGUACUGAGCCAUUGCUUUACAGCAACCAUGGCUCUCAGCAUCGAUCAGAAGCGCCUCAAGGCCACCAAGUUUCCCCCGGAGUUCGAUCGUAAAGUUGACAUCGAGAAAGUGAACAUCGAUCUCAUGAAGAAGUGGAUCGCGCAGAAGAUCACAGAUAUACUGGGCGACGAAGACGACAUUGUCGUGGAGACAUGCUACAAUUUGAUCGAACAGAGUCAAUACCCAAAAAUAAAAGAGAUCCAAAUCCAGCUCACCGGCUUUCUCAACAAAGAUACCCCAGGGUUUUGCAAAGAGCUCUGGGACCUGAUGCUUAGUGCACAAGACAGCCCUAUGGGUGUUCCAAAGGAAAUGCUUGAGGCGAAGAAGCUCGAAUUACAGCAGGAGCAGCUCUCGAAGGCCGCCGCCGAAUCCCGUCGUAAAGAGCAGACAGAUCAGGACGAUAUCGUGAACAUGUUCCGCGACAACGAGCGCCCAGAUAGGGGAGACCGGGGCCGUGGUCGUGGAGGACGUGGAGGUGGCUUCCGUGGCGACCGCGGAGACCGCGGUGACCGUGGAGACCGAGGAGACCGUGGAGGCUACCGAGGUGGUAGAGGAGGUAGAGACUUUGAGCGUCGAGCACCGCGUCGAGACUCACGAUCUCCUCCACCGUGAGUGCAGUUGCUUGGUGCAAAAGCUCACACUGACAAAUGGCAGGAGGCGUAGGUCACCACUGCGCCGCGAGCGUGACAUCUACGUGCCCAGUGGCCGUGGUCGAGGACGCGAUCGUCGCGAUAGCUCACCAAAUCGCCGUCGCGUACCCUCGAACAGCCGUUCUAGAUCCCCAUCGCCGCGUCGCACCCGCCGCUCACCCUCGUCAGACCGUUCACGCACACCACCCCGCCGCCGAAGACGCUCGCCUUCCAGUGAGCGCUCGAGAUC